GCGGAGCAGAACAAGCCGUGGAAGAAACUCAAGAGCAUGGUCCACUGGUCGCCUUUCGUCGUGUCCUUCAAGAAGCGCUACCCCUGGGUGCAGCUGGCCGGCCAUGCGGGGAAUUUCAAAGCCGGGGACUACGGGCGGAUCCUGAAGAAGUUCUGCCCGCGGGAGCAGCAGUGCCUGGAGCGCCUCAUGCGGGACUCACUGCGCCCCCACGUGCCCACCUACUUCGGGCUGGCGCAGCGGGACGGCGAGCGCUACAACCAGAUGGAGGAUCUGCUGGCCAGCUUCGAGACGCCCUCCAUCAUGGACUGCAAGAUGGGGGUCAGGUGAGAACCUGGCUGCGGGGCACAGGCAAGCUGCCUCAGUGAG